UGAUGACGUAGGAGCCCGCGCGCGUCGUUUCGGACUGGCGGAGGGAGUUGAGGAGCGGAGUGUUUGUUGAGGGGGACGGAGAGCAGGUGUGUCAGGACCGCUACGGGGCUCGGGCGGGCAGCCAGUUUUAGGUAAUAUCUCAAGAUGCCUGGACGGUCCAGCACCAGUGCCGGCUUUAUAUCCUUCAGUGGCAUAGAGUCUGCUCUCUCCUCUUUAAGAAACUUCCAGUCGUGUAUCAGCUCUGGAAUGGACACAGUCUCUAGUGUUGCUUUGGACCUUGUGGAGACUCAGACUGAAGUGAGCAGUGAAUAUAGUAUGGACAAGGCAAUGGUUGAAUUUGCAAGAAUGGAACGGGACCUGAGCCAUUAUGUGAAGGCUGUGCAGUCUACAAUAAGUCAUGUAAAAGAAGAACGUCCAGAAAAAAUACCAGAUUUGAAAUUAUUAGUGGAGAGGAAAUUUUUGGCUUUACAAGAUAAGAAUUCUGAUGCAGACUUUCAAAACAAUGAAAAAUUUGUACAAUUUAAGCAACAGCUGAGAGAACUAAGGAAGCAGUAUGCUGCCAUAUGGAUGGGCUUGUUCCCAACUUUCUGUUCUGUGCUGUGCACAGGAUCUGCCAGGCUGCUUUCCAAGGCGACUACGCCAUUUCCCAUUCCCACCGGCAGCGUGUGAGGGCUCCGCAUGCUCCAGGUCCUCGUCCACACUUGUCACCGCCUGUCCUUUCGAUUGUAGCCAUCCUAGUGGGUGUGAAGUGUGUCUCAUUGCUCUACUUGCAUUUCCCUGAUGGAUUAAUACUGUGAUAUUUACUUUAUUUGCCUUGGGCAAACCCUUCAAUCUUGUGCUUUCAUAUGAAACUGUCUCACAUUGUUGGAUUAGCUUUCUAAAGCAAAACCAUAGUUCUUUUCCAGAUAAAUGUCAUUUGUGAGGUUAUAGUUUAAGUGAAAAAAAAAAAAGUAAAAUGAGUUGGAAUUAAGAUUACACACUUACCUGGGAAAUUUUGUUUUACAGUACAAAUCCAUUCCCAAUGUUCGAGGGCCUUUAUCUGAGCUGCUCAAGUGUUGUUAUGUGACAUUUACUGGAUAAUACAGAUAACACUUUGGUUAAAUCCACAAUGUGAUGUCAUCCAGUAAACACUUGAAAAUGGAGAUGCGAGUCUCUUCUGGUUUUAUCAGCCGAGUUGAGAGAUGGUUCACGACCCAGCGAACUUUUUCUCCCCUGUGAUCUGCCACUCUGUCUCUCACCCUCAGCCAAUAAUCUGUCACUUGAAACUGCUUAAAAUAGGUUGGACUUUCUUGAAUGUCGUGUUGCUGUGAUGACAUCAGGUUCUGGCUGCAGAAGAAGGGAAAGAACCUUCCUGUGACUGGCUGCCUCUAUACCCCUUGUCUCUGGUCAGAGCACUGCCUUUUCCAGGCCUGUGCCCCUGCCUCUCAGCUGUGUCCUGUACCACUUGUACCUCCCCCCUCCCCCGAAGCCCUUGUCUGCUCAUUAUGUUUCUGCCAAAAAAAAAAAAACAAAAACGGAUAAGGAUAUUGGAAACUGUCAGAAGUUCACCAUCUUGGUUGGUUAAAAGGCGACAAGAAUGGGCCAUCUCAGGAGAAAAAAAAAUGAACUGAAUUCAGAGGCUGCUUUCUCCAGAAAGGGUCUCUAGAACCCCCAGAAAGCUCACUCAGGAAUGUUUUCACAGUGGACUUGUCCUCUCUGGCUCAGCUUGGAGAGGGACAAAGGAGGAAGAGAGAGUGGAGGGUGGGAGAUUGAUUCCUCCUGUCAUAAUAUGUUGCAUGUUCUGCCUUAUUUGUGCCUUAAUUUUAACAUGGGCUUGUGUGGCUCAGUUUGGCAGUGCCUGGAAGGAAUGAGGUUUAUUGGAAGAUCUUGAAAUUUGUCUCCUUCAAACAAGGAGAAGUAACAAGUUAAUAUACUUAUGAAGCUGGAUUAAGCUUUAGUAAAUCCUCUGUAGAGCUUUCUAUGAACUAAAAUAUUACUUUGGAUGAAACUCAAGCAUCUCAUGACCCAGUCAUAAUCAUUUCCACUGAAGAUUGCUGCCUGCUGGACCAUCCUGAACAGUGUGCCUUCAGAGCUGUCUGAGAUCUAGGUCCUAUAUGUUGAUAUGUCCGUAGACACUGUGCUUGAGAUUCUCAUGUUUGUGAAGGAUUAGCCUCAAGUAAGAAUAAAACAUCCCAGUGGCUAGCACUCACUGAGCUUCUGUGUGCUAAUA